AUGGUGCGAAAACAACGACCAGCUGGAAAAGACCGCCNCGACCUGGGCACCGAAGACAACGACCAGCUGGAGAAGACCGCCGAGGAGAUUGUCCGUCUGCACGGGCACAUUGACAUUCUCGUGAACAACGCGGGCAUCAGCUCUCGAGCGGCAGCACUGACCACGGCGAUGGCCGUCGAUCGACAGCUGAUUCUGGUGAACUACCUCAAUCAGAUUGCCCUCACCAAGGUGGCACUCCGGACGAUGGUGCUCAAGCAGGACAGCAGCAGCAUCAGUGAGCGCGGUCACAUCGUCUGCAUCAGCUCAGUGCAGGGGCGGAUGGCCAUUCCUGGUCGGUCGUCGUACAGUGCCUCGAAGCACGCCGUCCAGGCCUACUACGACUCGCUGCGCGCCGAGCUGUCCGCCCUCUCCGCAGAGGACGCCGCCUCCCGCCGUCCGGUGGACGUCACG